AUGGCCAAGAUGAGGGAGCAUGAAAGCCUCAUGGCGAGGCUAAAUAGUGUGCCCCUGGAACAUCGCGCGGAUCACCCACGCUUAGAAGAGGCCUUGAAACCCCUUCUGUGCUAUAAACAUAAGCCCACUGAUUUCGAUAAGGAGCUGGAAGAUGCUUCGCAGAAGUUUCGAGACGCAGCAGAAGCAGCGAAGAAGGCGGAGGUGGCCCAAGUCAAGCGGGAGAAGCCCGUUCCCCAGAAACGGCCCGGCAUACUUCGGAAGCCAACUGUUCAGUUCGCCACUCCAUUUCCGCUUCCUGUGAGUCGUCGAAGAGCCGAGUUGGCCGAAGGAUCUGCAGCGAACUCAGGGAGACCUAGGCGCCGGCUUCAAGCCAGCGACAUCCCUUCUGAGCCUGACUCUGAGUCAGAUCCUGAGUCUGAUUCUAGCUCAGAAUCGGAAAGUGAUGUCGGCGACGUUGUUGAGAUUCAUCCCCUGGAGGCCUGGGAGCGCUACGACUCCAAGUGGAAGACGAUAGACAAAUCUGGAUUGGAAGAAGCGCUUCCUGUAGUAUGGCAAGUGCCGUGGACGGUGACUUCAGGCAAACACUGGCAUGUCAGCAAAGAAGAGGUCGUGAGGUUCUUCAAUGAUAUUGCUGAUGAGCAUGACAAGGCCGGUUGCAGGGCCAUAUUCUUGCAUGAACGCAUGCGCUGGUGUUCUAGAAAUGUCAAGGACACGUUUGGCCGAGUGUUUUAUCGAGGAACUUGGAAGAAGGAAUUGGGAAUGAUUUCUUCAGUUGCCGAGGAGUUCGAGAAGCUGUACUCGGAGUAG